AUGAGCGAGAGAAGAGGCCGUCCGCCAGCCAGAUUCUCGCCUUCGUUAGCGGACCAGACUGGUGAACGGAGAAGCGAAGGGUUAAAGAUCGUCGAAAGCGAACGGCUGUCUGUACAACGGUCCGGCAAAUCGAAGAAUGAGGCCCAGGGCUCCGUGGAAAUCGAUGUCGUCAACUUGGGACCUGAAGAAGCUGCCUUUGUCCCACGACCACCGCAAAGUAUAGGACGAAAACGGAAGCGCCAGGAGCAAACAGCGCCCGCCAUCAGUCCACAGCCAACACCGACCGACGAAGAAUGCAUAGAUGUGGCAGGGACAUCGCUUGAAGAAGAACAAGAGGACCAUGACUCGUCGGCUGAAAAUCCCCCGCAAUUAGCUCCCGCGGAAGCCAUCGAGAACUCCGCUGCCUACGAUGCGUUGCGCUCGAUACUCCCCGGCCCCACACCUUCCGGAAUAGCUGCGAUACAUUUGUUGCUGGAAUCGACUCAGCCAGAGCAAACCGAUUACGGCGACUACUACUUGACCGUUAUACCCCGGAGAUUAACCGAGUUCUAUCGAAAGGAAAGCGUGCUAAAUAUCGUUGCCAACUAUGCACUCGAGACGCGUGAACUCGGCUGGGUAAACCGCACGGCUCCGAUCAUCCCUCCAUUUUCUGGCGAACCGGGAAAUUAUUUGUUUCUGGUCGACGGGUCGAAGCUGCCGCCUUCAGUGUUGAGACAAGAUGCUCUUUCGCCGUGGAGCAGGAAUAAGGACGAGAUUGUAAAUGGUGUACCCAAGCCGCACACACGAUGCAAGCAACGGCAUUUUCCAGUGGUUAUGGAGACGGGCAGAUACCAAAUCGCAGCGGGCGAACGGGCCCAAGAGGCAAUAUAUCGGCUGCACGAAUACACUGCCACCCACCCGCAUUGUGCACGGCUGAAAAAGCGGAUAUAUUACCUCGAGCGUGAUGGGACAGUUUUCGGGAAUUACAUGGUGCUCUAUGAAUUCACGGGAACGGGCGGAUACCCGAAAUUGACCAAGAAAAUGGAGCACAUGCUCGAGAUGCUCAGAAAAGGUGACGAACUGCCACUAUUGGCAUGCAUCCCUGGGCAGGAGACCCGAUUCGCACAAAUGGAUACUAGCGAGCAGCUCGACAUUGAGGAAAUGAUCGAAGUGGAUGGGGAUAUUGAGGGAGAGGUGUUCAUCGGCGAGGAAAGGCGCUAUGCAAGUUCUGGCAAUUAUCAACCGUCACUCCCCGAUCGUUCGGCAUACCGGAAACCCGAUUGGAGCAAGGAGCCGUUCGACGACCAAGCCCUGAUUGAGAUGGAGGAUGGGGGCCGUUGUGUUCGUGCUUUCACGCCCGCCUGGGCUAAAGAAAAGGUGUCCCUGCUGAAGUUCUUGGUGAACGAGCCGGGGUCGAUUCAUGGGUUGCCAAUUGGACGCUGUAUUUUCUCGUACGAGUACCUGGAAGAUGGGCCCAUCCCAGAGCUGGACAGGGAAUUUCUGGCCAAAAAGGACCGAAUCGACAACAUGCGAGUACAACAUGCUCUGUUUCCCGAUUAUCUUUUGAAGCCCGACGAAAUCGAUCGCGAGUUUGAGCACGAGGAGGUUAUUAUCGGGAACAGAGGGGUCGAGAUAAAUCCAGUGGCCGUUGGCUAUCGUGGGCUACAAGCCGGUACGUCAGCUGAGGCCGCGCAAUGGGCUGAAGAGGAUUUCCCGGGUUAUGGAGGCGAGACACCCCUGGAGUUCGAGCACCUCGCGGGCUACCGGUUGAGCAAAGCGGGCGAUAUCUGCGUGCGUAUAUCCGACCCAGCUAACUUCUUGCAAAGGCCCACCCUUCUCGAUCACCUCGUCAACGAUGCGCAGAAAUUGGCCGAUAUUGGGCUGGUGCAGGGCAGAAAGCCAUCCAUGGUGCCGUUGACGACGCAAGACGGGGCAUUUGCCUUUUUCUUCAAUUCGACCGCAGCCGAUAGACCCGGGUUGUAUCGCGAUGCGCUGAGCCCCUGGAAUAGCUCGCCGAAGGAAUCUGAUGAAAGUUCUUCGUCGACGAAAACACAGCGAGCCGCAUUACGAAAGGCCGGAGAUAGGCUUGUUGUGGCCGGGAGUAUUCGGGAACGCUGCGACACCAGCGCCGAAUCUUACCUCUGGGCCCUACCCGCCUUACCAUCCGGCUCGACGCUUGCGAAUGUCGAGAUCUCGGAGGAGACGCCAAUCUACGACCUGCUCGACGUGGUGGACACGAUCCAGUUGAUGCCAAACGCCCUCUUCGCCCGGGUGCUCGAUACCAGGCUGCUGCACGACAAGCGACGAAUUUUGGAGCUGGCCUUCAACCAGGCGGCCACUGUGUCGGAGCUCGGGCUGCUCAACGACAAGGUCCCCGGCAUGCCCCCGCAGACUCAGAUGACCGGGUGCUUCGUUUGCUUCGUCGACACGAAGUCGGGCGCGCUGGUUGAUCAGCGACAAUUGACCAUCGACGCGUUGGCACCGUGGAGCGAAGGGCAACGAGGCGCCGCCAUCUUCAUCCGCCCAAAAUACAAGCGCUACCAGCUGUACCGCAGCAACGAGAACGCGCGUCGCCUGGAAUUAUGCUGGAACGCAGGGGAAGCGGCUGUCGAAGAUAACGCCUCCGAAUUUUCGCUUGUCGUCUAUACAGCCACGCUGCCGCGAUGUCAGCGCCUGAAGAAGCGGAUCUACUACGUGAUGUGUGGGCGUUGUUUGGUCGGGAAUGCCGUCAUUUUCUACAACUACGAAGUUCCCGGACCUCUGCCUACCGAGAUGCUGAAAAAUGACGAGCUGGCCGAGAAGGGCGAGUGGAAAAUCGAAAAACGAAACCCGGACCAAGCUGGAUCGUCAUCGGAAGAGCAGGACAAAAUAGUGGCCCCACUGAACCUCGUCAACGCCGAGGUGCUAGACGUGCUCUUUCGCGUCCUGGUGCAGCGAAACGAGACACACUUGCUGCAGAACGUGCGCGACGAGUACGGCAUCGAGAUUCUCACGCAGGAGGAACCGCUCGACGUCGCCGGCGAGAACCCCAAA